AUGGAAAUCAUUUCCUUCAAAUUUCCUCACAGCGACCUCAAAUCCAUCAGCGCAGACACGAUGGCGGAAGUCUUAAGUGGAGUCUACAGCGACCGCCUGCAUAAGGUGACGAUCGUGGACUGUCGAUAUCCGUACGAGUUCGAAGGAGGUCACAUCCGCGGUGCAGUAAACAUGUACACGAGGGACGCUGUAAAUAGUCUCCUGGGGACCCAGACGACAGCAGGGAAACGUCACGUGCUCAUCUUCCACUGUGAAUUCUCGUCCGAGCGCGGACCAAGAAUGUACCGGCACUUGCGAAGUCAGGAUCGAGCCUUGAAUCAGGAUCAUUACCCGAAACUGAACUUCCCGGAAGUGUACCUCCUCCACGGUGGAUACAAAGCCUUCUAUGAAUCCCACGGUGACCUAUGUGACCCCGAUAGCUACACUCCCAUGUUGCACCUAGAUCACUGCGCGGACCUACGUCACUUCCGUGUCAAGUCCAAAACGUGGACCGCCGGUAGUGAGAAAGUCAGCAGCAGGCGACAUCGCAGUCGGAUUUUCCCUUCCGGUCUAGACUUUUAG